AUGGCCGAAUUACCGUCUUCACGCACCAUUGCCAGUCGUCCUUUUACUGUAACGGGAGUGGACUACUGGGGACCCAUCCUUCUCAAGCCAAUUCAUCGUCGUGCCGGACCAAGUAAAGCCUACGUCGCCGUUUUCGUGUGUUUCUGUACCAAGGCGGUACACUUGGAACUAGUGUCCGAUCUAACCACACCCAAGUUCACCCAAUCUCUUCGCCGAUUUGUGUCCCGUUAUGCUCCCGGGUUAUGCUCUGACAUACACAGCGAAAAUGGAAGAAACAUCGUUGGAGCUGCCAACGAGCUGAAGCAACUGAUACGAAGCAUAGAGUUCUGGAAUGCCGUCACCGAAGAAUGCAAUGCCCAGCGAAUUCGUUGGCACUUCAAUCCGCCAACAGCAUCAAACUUUGACGGUCUGUGGGAGGCCGCAAUCUAA